CUUUGCAUCAUGGGAGCAUGCUUGUUUAUAAAUCGCUUAUGGUGUACUGUUUGGUGGAACUGUUGGCGCCGUAUAGCCAAAUUUCACGACCUGCUUUUCUGUUUACCAACUUUCUUAUCCACUUGCAGAGCAUUCGGAACCAAGAGAGUGAAAAGCACAUAAUGUUGGAUGAAGAUGAAAUUAUUGACAUCAAUAAUGCCUCCCAAGAAGAAUGGGAAUUGCUACCUGGAAUAGGCAAAGCAAAGGCACAGACAAUUUCAGAAUUCCGUAACAGCAUAGGAGGCAAAUUUUCUGCUGUUGAAGAUUUGAAAAAUGUUCCUGGUAUAUCAAGUGUGCUGUUUGAGUCUUUGGUCCCAAGACUGAUUUGCCGUACAAGUUCAACACGAAAACAAGUCUCCGAAAUUAUCAUACCUACAAAAAUGGCAUUAAGGUCAUCUCCAAACCCAUCGCCUUCUUCAACUAAGGGUAAAUUAAAAAGGAAAGCAUGGACAAAUCAUAGUAAAAGUGUAUUACCUUCAACUGAAAAGAAACAGCGUGGCUUGAACUUGAUGCAAGAAACAAAAUCUAACUUUGAAAAAUCUUCAGAUGGAAUUUACAUGACGUAUCCACUACCUUCCUGUGCUGUUCCAUCUGAAUCUGUACGGAAGCGUCUUCCCUCAAAAGUAGCUGGACCACCCAUCUCUUUGACUCAGUGGUUGAAUGACUUUCAGGGCUGGAAUAAUGAAGAGAGGACAUCAGCCUUAAAUGCGCUUGUAGAGCUGUGUGACAUGUCCCUUGUUAGACAUCUCAUGGCAAAAAUUGAGCCAUUAUUUCAAAGGGACUUUAUCUCACUUUUACCAAAAGAGCUUGCUUUGUAUGUUCUGUCAUUUCUAGAGCCAAAAGAUCUUUGUCGAGCUGCACAAACUUGUAGAUACUGGAGAAUAUUAGCCGAAGACAAUAUAUUAUGGAGAGAAAAAUGUAGAGAAUACGAUGUGUAUAUUGAAGCAGAAGAUUGGAUAAAUAGACCUUUAGCUACAGAAAGUUCAAAAGAAGAUGGGAAACCUUGUCUAGAAGUGCCCCACAAAAAGAUGUUUUUGAAGCAGUACAAAGUUGAAAUGAAUUGGCGAUGCAAGCCAGUGCGGACACCAAAACACCUCAAAGGCCACGAUGAUCAUGUCAUUACCUGUUUGCAAUUUGAUGGAAAGAGAAUUGUGAGUGGAUCAGAUGACAAUACUCUAAAAGUUUGGUCGGCAAUUACUGGAAACAUUAUUCGAACACUGGUUGGACAUACUGGUGGAGUGUGGUCAUCUCAACUUAAAGAUGACAUUGUUGUUAGUGGAUCAACAGACAGGACUCUUCGUGUUUGGAAUGCAGAGACAGGAGAAUGCACCCAUGUUUUGUAUGGUCACACCUCAACUGUUCGAUGCUUAGCCCUUCAUGGGGACAAAGUGGUCAGUGGAUCUCGAGAUGGUACUCUCAGAGUUUGGGAUAUUCAGCAGGGUCAGUGCCUACAUGUUCUAGUUGGACAUGGUGCUGCUGUUAGAUGCGUUCAAUAUGAUGGUGAAAGGGUUGUCAGCGGUGCCUACGACUUCUUAGUGAAAGUUUGGGAUCCUACUACAGAAACCUGUCUUCAUACGCUAUCCGGGCACUCCAACAGAGUAUACUCACUGCAGUUUGAUGGGUCACAUAUUGUUAGCGGUUCACUAGACACAUCAAUCCGUGUUUGGGAUGGUGAAACCGGACAGUUGCGGCACACUUUGCUUGGGCACCAAUCACUAACUAGUGGGAUGGUACUGCGUAAUAAUAUACUAGUGUCGGGCAAUGCUGAUUCCACAGUGAAAAUUUGGGAUAUUGUUACCGGACAAUGUCUGCAUACUUUGGCAGGGCCUAACAAGCAUCAAAGUGCAGUCACUUCGUUGCAAUUCAACAGUAAAUUUGUUAUAACCAGUUCUGAUGACGGAUCAGUUAAGUUAUGGGACUUGAAAACAGGGGAAUUCGUUCGGGACUUGGUGAAACUUGAUAGUGGGGGCAGUGGGGGAGUUGUGUGGAGAGUGAAAUGCAAUGACAAGAAAUUAGUAUGUGCUGUUGGGAGUCGCAAUGGUACAGAGGAGACUAAAUUAUUUGUGUUAGACUUCGAUGUUCACGAGUAGCAUUUCCACCAAUGUAUAAUUGUUAGAAAAUAAAAGAAUUUUGAAAUAGCCAGGCAUCUCCAGAAUUCGUCAUGAAAAAUUUUACCCCCCCCCCCUCUCCUCCAUAUUGCUAGAAUGACACCUCCUGUAUCACAAUCACUGUUCGCAGAGACAUCCUAGCCGGGAAACACCAGAGACCCUUGCCUCCCAACUUUUUGAAAAAUUGCUUUUUUUAUCGUUAGAACUUUUAUGAAAAUGCCCCUUUUCUUAGCAUAGUCCCCCUUUCUAUCUUUGCCCCUCCAACUUUGAAAUGCUUUCGACAUCCCUGGGUAUUAAUAGUUCAAAAAUGAUAUUUUUGGUGACCUGUUCUGGUUUGCUUUAUUAUAUCGUAGUAUUUAGUUGCUGUCCAUACUAAUAUUUAUCAUUUGAUAUUUUAAGAAAAAUUGAAAUACGGGGUUAAUUCUUCCAACAUUAAAGAAACAAGAGCAUGAAGAUCUAUACACUUCGAGGCGAUGGGCUGAGCUGAUCGUUUCGAGCUGAUAUAAGUUGCCAGUUUACUCGCAUACCGUUGUUGAGCAGCACUGCAGUAACGGCUCUUUUCUACCUAAAUACCUCUAAUUAAUCAAAUAUUGAGUAGUAGAAUCACCUCUCACAUUUCCCUCAAUUCAACUGAUUGUAUUAUAGGUCGGUCGCAGGUACAUUGCUGUGUGUCAAGCAUUCUUCUCUUACCAGGGGAAGUUUUAUUCCCUUUUAUAUGCACCCUGAGGUCUUUAACUUCGAAUUACAAAGCUUCCAAAUUUUGUUGAAAUUCUCGGUUGCAAAUUAUUUACAUAUAUUAUUAAUUAAGCACAGAUAAAACCUGGCUGUUCGUCUAAAUUUAGUUCUUAAGGUUAUCGUCAAUCUUUUUGACUUCUUUUCUUCGUUUGAGAUGUUUUAGUUCAUGCCAUCAAAAUUCAGACAGAAAGAUUUCAUGCCCAGUAUUAAAGCAGCGUUGUUUGCGCACGCCAGCCUCUGCAAACUUCUGUCAUAAUCCUGCAGUGAGCAAAAGAAAGAAGCUUUUGCUAAACAAGACCUAUUCUCAAAUUUAUACUAAUUGAGGGUCAAAAUAAUAAGUAGGUUUACUUCUACUAUUUAUGAUUUGCUUUACCCUCUGCCCUUCGUCGAAAGCUGCUUGGAUUUAGCGCGUGUUAUAAAAUCUAAGCAGGAAUAUGAUAUAGGCCCAUAACAGGCCUAAGUUUUGCCUUACCCACCGAAAGCUUUAUUAGCCUUUCUGUUAUUUAAGAAAGAUUUUGUACAUAUAAAAACAUAGCGAGCCUCUGUAUUAGGACGAGACUUAGUCACCGGCAAAUGUCCUAUUGAAAAAAGGCGUUUUAGGCAGUCGUUCUUUUAUCUUACCCAAAUAAUAAAUAACUUAACUGCGCAAUGAUAAUCUUAUUUCGAUUGUAAAUUUGUUGAAAAACGUUUAAUAAAUAUAUUUGGAAAUCUUUACCAAGAA